GAGAUCACAUGAAAACCACGACCUAUAAUCUAGAUCAAUUAUCACGGCCAAACACCACGUUCUUCGUUUCCUCCAAAAAAGUAGAAAGCCAUUAUGGUACCGCUUUGGGCAUUAUCAUUCUAAUUUUUUCCAAGGUCUUGAAACUUAAAAUAAUCUCUAUAAAUAAACACGCCUCCAGGAAAAGAAAAAGAAAAAAAGAGUGAUGCAUUUUAACACUUAACUUCAUUUAUCUUAUUAACUUAAGCAUCAAAAUUGGUUCUCCGGUCAUAUCUCCUGAACUCACUCACUUGUUAUUUUACAUAUUAAAAUCGCUCAGUUUUCAUGUGAGAACGGAUUUAAAUUUGCUCACAUUACUCGGUGUCAUGAGCGUCAAACCAGUUUAGAAAUUGAGCUUUGAUUUUCUAAUUACAUUUUGGAUAGCAAAAAGACUAACCAAAAUCCGAACUCUAAUUUACAAACAAAGGGUCGCUAUCGGAUUCACCUGUCUUAAGUCUUUAAGUAACAAUGGUUUGUCUUUAGAUAUUUACUCUGAACAAUUUUCUUCGUCCUGUCCUGUCAUAAAUAAAGAACCACGCGCCAAGUGUUCGUGUCUGAUCCUUGUAAUUAGAUGAUAAGGCUGUCUUCAGUACUUCAGAGCAGGAGGGUGCCAAAAUCGAACUGCGCUGUUUAUGAUUCUGUCCCAUUUUAUAGUUGAUAAAUGAUGUCGAGGCUUAUUGUUUUCCUAAAUAUAGGACUAGUAAUGGUAACUGUCCUUUGCACCGAUAAAUAUAGUAGACAAGAUUUUCCUCCUGCUUUUGUUUUUGGCUCUGGCACCUCUGCUUAUCAGGUGGAAGGAGCAGCUAACGAGGAUGGCAGAACUCCUAGCGUUUGGGAUACUUUUACUCACAAUGGAUUUGUAAAUGGUGACACUGGAGAUGUAGCAGCCAACCAGUAUCACAAAUACAAGGAAGAUGUUCAUCUCAUGGUUGAAACUGGAUUGGAUGCAUAUAGAUUUUCAAUCUCAUGGUCUAGACUUAUUCCAAAUGGAAGAGGACCUGUCAAUCCUAAGGGGUUACAAUAUUAUAACAAUCUCAUCAAUUUGCUUAUUAGCCAUGGCAUCCAACCACAUGUCACACUAUGCCAUUAUGAUCAUCCUCAAGCUCUUGAAGACGAGUAUGGGGGAUGGGCUAGCCCAAAGAUUGUCAGAGACUUCACAGAUUAUGCAGAUGCUUGUUUCAGAGCGUUUAGUGAUAGGGUUUCAUACUGGACUACUUUAAAUGAGCCCAAUGCCCUUAUACUUGGAGGUUAUGAUGUGGGUAUCUUUCCACCCAGGCGUUGCUCUCCUCCGUUUGGAAUCAACUGCACUAAAGGCAACUCCUCAACAGAGCCAUACUUGGUUGCUCAUCAUAUCUUGUUGGCACAUUCUUCAGCUGUUAGAUUGUACAGGAGAAAGUAUCAGGGCAUGCAAUUUGGAUUUAUUGGGAUAAAUUUGCUUUUGUUUCACUUUGUUCCCCUAACAAACUCAACAGAGGAUGUGCUUGCAAGUCAAAGAGCCAAUGAGUUUUAUGUUGGCUUGUUUAUGAAUCCUCUUGUGUCUGGAGACUAUCCUGACAUAAUAAAGAAAAACGCAGGCUUAAGACUACCAGCCUUCACCAAUUUCGAGGCCAAACAGGUUAAGGGUUCCUUUGACUUUCUAGGAGUGAAUUAUUACUUGAGAAUGUACGUCAAAGACAACUCUGACACUUUGAAACCAGAAAAAAGAGAUUUUGUGGCAGAUAUGGAAAUAAAGUUGGUGUAUGAGAGCAAUGCAUCAACAAAUGAGUAUCCCAUAAUGCCUAGAGAUCUGCAAUUCGUGCUGGAGUAUUUGAAGCAAGUUUAUGGCAAUCCUCCUAUCUACAUUCAUGAAAAUGGUCAAAUAACCCCACGAAGUUCAGCAUUGCAAGACAUUUCCAGGAUGAAAUAUAUCCAUUCAUACAUUGGGAGCCUGCUGGAUGCUGUCAGGAAUGGAUCAAAUGCAAAAGGAUAUUUUACAUGGUCCUUCUUGGAUGUGUUUGAGCUAUUGGGUGGUUACAAUUCAAGCUUCGGCUUGUAUUACGUAGAUCUAAAUGAUUCUGAAUUGAAGAGGUACCCUAAGCUCUCUGCUCACUGGUACUCUUACUUUUUGAAGGGAGGGAAUGUCAGUUCGGAGCAAGUCAUACAACUCGGCAAAGAGUCUCCACUUCUUUCGGUAGAUUAAUAUUAUUGCAUUCGUCCAAAUCUUUUUGUCAUCCUGUGUUUCUUGCGAUGGAGCUAAAUUGUAUCCUUGUCAUUAAUAAUAAUAAUUGAAAUCAGCAAAAAAUCAACUCGAUUGUCUAAUAUCUAUCAUCAAUUGUGAACUCGGACAGAGGGUCAAACUUUUCCUCUCUAACUGUAGAUGAUGCAGAUAUUGGAAAUAAUUGAUCGUGAAACAGUGAUGUCGUGCAAAA